AUGGGCAACACCUCUACAGCAAUCUGUGACGAUGAGAUGAUCCUGAGUACUUCCAAUGAGAUCAACAAAGCCCUCAAAAACCAGAUUGGCAGAGCAGUCCCAGUGACACCGGGCGAGUGGGACGAAGAGGAAGAUGCUUCUCUAUGGGAGCCAAUUACUAGUACUAGUACAUGUAUAGCGAAUGAAGAAAAGUCGUCCAAGUCUGAGCCUUUGUUGGAACCUGUGUCAUCUUUGUCGAGUGAGAGCCUCGACACGAACUUACAGGAUGAUCUGACAGAGUUGCAAGAAGCCAAAGACCAAUCGUCCUCUUACUCCUCGUCUGUGCUGGACACCGUCAAGGCGGCUCUGGAUUCCAUUGACUACGACUACGACAUUGUAACCCCUGACAAUGAUGAUGACGACGGCCAUAUCCGCCUGGAAUAUACAGUCACAGAAGUCUGCGAAGGUUGUGACUGUGCGGUCGUGAUCAUGGUGGACGAAGAAACCAGAUUGUUUCGCUACUAUCUGGAUGCUCCAUUGCGUGUCCCUUUGGCAAAAAGACGAGAUGUAGCAAUAUUGUUGACCUGCAUCAAUUACUAUACAUUUGUGGGUAAUUUUGAAAUGGACCUGCGAGAUGGGCAGUUGCGCUACAGGUGUAGUUGCAAAGUGGUGGAAGGCCACUCUGACUCGAGCAGCGUCCUAGGCGUUGGGAUGGUGAAGGAUGCCAUGGAAAUAUCGCAACAAAUGCUGGAGAAAUACUUUCCAGGGAUGAUGCAAGUGGUGUAUGCUGGGAAAGACCCGGAACAAGCGUACCAGGAUUGUUGGGUGGAUGAAAUAAUGGGGGAGGACGAGGAAGAGGAAGAUGACGAUCAGAGCAUGGACGGAGAAGACUACGAAAACAAUGAGGUGGAUGCCAGUCGUUUGCCACAAUGA